GCUUCGCGUCCGCUCCCUCCCCCACCCACAGCUAAUCACCUCUUGCUUUCCCUCUCCUUCCAUAGGACACCUCCCGAAACGGGAAAAACAACGAAAACAUAGAAACCAAACAACACAAAACAAAAAACACCAACACCAAACCACAACAAAUCAACGUGCGGUGCGCGGCGCCACCGAGAUUGGGGAGCUUCUUCGGUUCCGUUUGGUUCGUCGGUUACCUCUCCGUCGUUUCAUCCUCACUGGUGAGCUGUGAUUCCGUUGUUUCUCCCCUAGAUCUGUUACCCCCCCCCCCCCCCCUUGGCUCCCUGCGUUCGUAUUUAGCGACGCGUUGCGACGUUAUUCUAUUGGUGAGGGUUUUGUGUGAUCCCGUAUUCGUGAUUUGAGGGUUUGAGACAGAGAUCUAGCCGAGGAGGUUGUUGUUGUUGAAUUCGUGCCGUUGCGUGGUCUGAAUUAGCAGAUUGAAAUCUAAAAAUGUCUCCAGCAUCAAAAUCCAAGUCCAAGUCCAGGCAGAAGGUUUCUUCCAAACCUUCUGGAGCAGGCAACACAGGGAGUGGCAGUCCAGCAAGUGCUUACAAUCCUAUUUCUGGUACUUUCCAUUCUCUGGAUACAGCUCCAGUUGGUUCUUCUCCAACAAUGCACAACAGCAGUCGUUUUCGAAAUAUAGAUGACAGAAAUGAGAAUUCUGGUAGCUCACAUGGAACAGUAACUGAUUAUGAUUCGGCUUCCAAUAAUGGCAGCUGCUCUGGUGAGUCUGAAGACCCAAAAGAGAAGACAACCGGCACAGUUCCUAAGCAAGAAACAGUACCUGGUUGUGACAAUGACAAACGAGAGAAGAUCCGUCAGAAGAAUGAGAGGAAACACCAGCGUCAAAAGGAGAGGCGAGCACAGGAAUUGCAUGAGCGUUGCUGUGGGUACCUAAUGUCUAGAAAAUUGGAAGCACUCUCUCAGCAGCUUGUUGCAAUGGGGUUCUCUUCUGAGCGGGCAACCUUGGCUCUAAUAUUGAAUGAGGGCAAGUUGGAGGAAUCAGUUGCCUGGCUUUUUGAUGUAAGUGAAGAAGCAACUCAGAGCAAGGACACUAAUCUUGGGAAUGGGAGCAAUCUGAAAAUUGAUGUAAGUGAAGAGCUUGCUCAAAUUGCAGUUAUGGAAGUGAAGCACAAGUGCUCGAAGCAGGAGGUUGAAAAAGCUAUUAUUGCCAGUGAAGGUGAUCUUGAGAAGGCAGAAGAGACUCUGAGAGCACAGAAGCAGGAGCAACCACCCACUCCACCGAAGCCACAAGAAAUUCCCAUUUCCAGUAACCUGAUGAGACCACAGGAAAAACAUAUUGCUCCUGUCACAAUGCAGCAAAGAAUGAAUGAAAGAGAUUUUAACCCUACCAAGGCAGGAGCAUCGAUGUUGAAUCCUCUUGACCCUGGGAACAGAAACAUGCAGUCAUUGAAGAUGAAUCAACAGAAGCUGAUGGAGAAGAGAUGGCCCCCUACGGCAUCAAGCCCUUCUGUUUCAUAUUCACUGGCAUCACCUAUGCAAGUAGCUCCUCCAUCAGCAAAGAUGGAGCCUCGUUAUGGUGGUAUUGUUGGAAACGAUGGGAGAUAUAUUCCUCAAAGUUCAGUCAGGGAGCCAGCAAUUAUGAUGCAUCGUCCACAACCCAUAAAUGCAAUGCAGAAACAUGUUUCAACCGUAGAUGCCUCUCCUCCAGAAACAACUGGAUGGUAUCCAAGUAAUUUCCCAGGUUUUGAAAUUGCGAAGUCCAAUGGAAAUUUACCACAGAAUCAGAGCAGGGUAAGCGUCAGCCAGGAAAACCUGAGCUUGCAGCAAUACUACCAUCAAGCUUGUAACAAACAGCAGCAUUUUUUCUCCGGCCAUGUGGAUUUUACAGUGUCCGGGCUGGAGAGUUCUUGGAGCCGUAUGGGUUCAUCUUCACCUUCACUUGCUGUUCCACCCUCACUUGGACUAUUUUCUGGUUGGGGUUCAAUGGGAACUUCGGGCUCAUCUUCUCCAGUGGAUUGGAACACAGGAGGCUCAAUGCCAGAGUGUGACUACACAAGCAUAGAUUGGACUUUGGAAGCGAACUCGUCAUCGUCCAAGUCAAAUGGGUUGUGGUUGGGGCUCUCGUCAUUUUUAAAGAACAAUUCUGGUGCCAGCUUGGCUGGUACGAAUGGCAUAUGCAUCUCAGAGUUGCAGGAUGGAAUGGCGAUGGAAGCACCUUCUGGCACGCAUGAGUGGACAUCUCCUUUUGCUGGGAAAGACAUAUUCAGGGUGCCCAGGCAGUUUGUUACAUCUUCUCUGUAAAGUGGGUGAAUGGAAGUUAUGAAACAGGGGAGAAGUCUACAUAUGUGAUGUUGGGAUGGCCCUGUGUAUGGUUGUUUCUGAUUUACCAAUCAAAAAAUGCAUCUUGUGCUUUCUGGCAAA